AUGUUACUCAGAGUAUCCAAGCAAUUGUACGCCAUAGCCCUCCCGUUAUCUGUGCAAAUCUUCCGGAAUACAGCACCUUUGCAAAUAGGCAAAGGACCUUGCUCGGUGGCCCGUAAUGCCCAAUUCUUGCGUUAUAUCCUCGUCUUCAGACCAGAGCUAGCAAAGAGAGUCGAUACAGUCAUUUUAGGUGGCUUUGCGGCUGUAAAUAAUGAAUCAAAUCCACACGUCAGCAGCCCAGAAGAACUGGAGACCUAUGAGCAGUUCAUCGUCGAUAGUUUAGGUCCAACACUUAGAAAGGUCGAUGUGGAACGUCGUGACAAAUGGAUGUCCCACCUCAAAAAGGGCUACUCUGAUGCACAGAUCUCUCUGAUUCUGCUUGCUUGUCCGAAUGUCAAGAGGCUCUAUUUUGAAGACUUCCAAGACCCAUCGAACGAUGAAGUUUUUGAAAAGCCACCUUCUUUCAUGUUUUUGCUUGAGAUAGCCCAAACUUUGAACACUUGCGGCUGGGAACAAGCCCUCCGCCUCUUGUCACUACCCAAGUUACAGAUUUAUGAAUCUCUCAACGCCACCUACCAAGGCAAGCUUCCAGAAGAUUCCUUCUUCCUCACCCAAUUGCCCAAGUCCUCUGUACGGUCCAUCGCUUUUCACCAGUCACAUGCACCUGCGUCAGAGGUCAAGUUUGUGUUGGACAAUUGUGAUAACCUGACGAGCUUCGAGUACAUCAGUGCAAUGUGGAUGCCGAUUGAUGGAAGUCUUCCUCAAGACAUCAUGAGAGCUGUUCUACCUCAUGCUGAAACCCUCACGCAUUUGUAUCUCGACUUCCAGGACGACUGCGAAAGAGAAGAUUGGAGAGAAAACCCACACGGGUUGUACGUGGGUCGUGAACUUGCCCAAAUGACAGCCCUAAGGUACCUCGAUAUAGGGAUACAGGCUCUUACCGGGAUGUUUAAUCCCAUCGCAAUAAAGCGACAAGACUUGCCGCUACAGAUUGAAGGAGCCCCGAUCAUCGUCGAAUGCCUUCCGGAAAAGCUACAGGAACUGAGAAUUCGCGAAUGCGGCAAGGCAAUAAUCGGCCAGGCAGCAGAGUUGCUUAGUACAAUUGAGAAAGGGCAGCGUUUCCAAAACCUUCAGUCUAUCGUGUUGAUGUUCAAAGAUGAGAAUAUCGAGAUCGGAGACUUCCAGCAGGGUUUUAAUAAGCUAGCAACCGAUAGCACUCGAUACAUUCUUGCUUUGAACUCCCAGAACCGUGCGAUGCGCUGGCUUGACUCUGGUAGAGGCAAGACUUUUGAGGGCAUCCGUGCCAUCCCGAGUCUCUGCUCCCGUAUAUAUGCUCAUGAUCUUCGGAGAGUAAAUCCGCUGUUGAGAAUGCAGAGGCUAUUGCUUCAAAAACCACCACACGAGUUUGGACUUGACGAUUAG